CGAUACAUCAUCAACACAAACUUUCACGCGCACUCCGAAGCCUCACCGCGCCGCGGAAGGAUACACCGCACAUCGACUUCACCGGUGUUCUGAGAAACCGGAGCAGCCUCGCAUCCUCGUGCUGAGCCGGAGCUCACAGGUGGAGGUGACGUAUCUGAGAAGGAGAGGAAGGUUGGCAGAGGUCUGGACCACUGAGGGAACAGAGGCAGCAGGAAGGCUUCACUCAGAAAGCUCUAAGGUGGAGGUGACGUAUCUGAGGAGGAGGAGAAGGAGAGGAAGGUUGGCGGAGGUCAAGACCACUGAGGGAUCAGAAACAGCAGGAUGGCUUCACCCAAAAAGGACAAGAUGGGCAAAGAAAUGCGGAAAAAACACAGAUGUCAGCAAUGCCAGAAGGCUUUCCACAACCUGAAGCAACUAAGGAGUCAUCAAAAAAGUCACACUGAAGAAAGAUUGUACAGCUGUGAUCAGUGUGAGAAAACAUACAAAACAGUACAGACACUAAAUGUUCAUAAGAAAACGCACAGUGGAGAAAAACCACAUAUGUGUGAGGAGUGCGGCAGUGAAUUUAUCUCAUUGGGAAACUUAUCGACUCACAUUCGACGGUAUCACACUGGAGAGAGACCGCACCAUUGUCAGCAAUGUGACAAAGUGUUUCUGACCCGAGGAGAAUUAAAGAGUCAUCAGAAAGCUCACACUAGAGAAAAGCCAUACAGCUGUGGUGAGUGCAGCAAAAGUUUUUCAUGGGUUUCCAAUCUUGUCCGUCACCAGCACAUCCACACUGGAGUGAAACCGUUCAGCUGUGAGGAGUGUGGAAGGAGUUUCACUCGACUAGAUAAUUUAAAGGUGCACAAGAACAUCCACACAAAAGACAUGAUUUUCUCUUGCGAGCAGUGCGGUAAAGAUUUCUAUUCAUCAUCUAACUUUAGAAGUCAUGUUGUUAUGCACAGCGGAGACAAAUCACACAGAUGUGACCAGUGUGGGAAAACAUUCACCUUGAGGCAAUCCCUGAGAAUCCACACACGUAUUCACAGUGGAGAAAAACCAUACAAGUGCAGGCACUGUGACAAGACUUUUAGUUCGCAGACUCAACGCACAGUACAUGAACACAGCCACACUGAAGAGAGACCGCACCAUUGUCAGCAAUGUGACAAAGGGUUUGUGACCCGAGGAGAAUUAAAGAGUCAUCAGAAAGUUCACACUAGAGAAAAGCCAUACAGCUGUGGUGAGUGCAGCAAAAGUUUUUCAUGGGUUUCCAAUCUUGUCCGUCACCAGCACAUCCACACUGGAGUGAAACCGUUCAGCUGUGAGGAGUGUGGAAGGAGUUUCACUCGACUAGAUAAUUUAAAGGUGCACAAGAACAUCCACACAAAAGACAUGAUUUUCUCUUGCGAGCAGUGCGGUAAAGAUUUCUAUUCAUCAUCUAACUUUAGAAGUCAUGUUGUUAUGCACAGCGGAGACAAAUCACACAGAUGUGACCAGUGUGGGAAAACAUUCACCUUGAGGCAAUCCCUGAGAAUCCACACACGUAUUCACACUGGAGAAAAACCAUACCAGUGCAGACACUGCGACAAGACUUUCAGUUCACAGACUCCCCGCAGAGUACAUGAAGGCAUCCACACUGGAACGAGACCGUACAGCUGUGAGGAGUGUGGAAAGUGUUUCACUCAAUUAAGUAGUUUAAAAGUGCACAGAAACCUCCACACAAAAGAAAAGAUUUUCUCCUGUGAGCAGUGUGGGAAGGUCUUCACAUCUCAUAGGGCAUUUUAUUAUCAUAAAAGGAUCCACAGUAGAGUGAAACCCUACAAGUGCAAACAUUGUGAGAAGUCAUUCUCCACAUUAUCGUCCUGUUCAGCACACGAGCAUGUCCACAUUGCAGAGAGAGCCUACAGUUGUGGUGAGUGUGGAAAGACCUUUUCAAGGUCCAGCUACUUAAAAACCCACCAGUGUUGGCACAAGCAAGAGAGAAAAUUUAAAUGUGACCAGUGUGAGAAAGCUUUCUCACUAUUGUGUCACCUCAGGCGUCACGUCCUCACGCACACUCGAAAGAAACGGCAAUAAUGUGCCCAGUGCGGGAAGAGAUUCAAAAAGGUACAAAGUCACCGCUGUACUCUCACUGAAGAGACGACCUGAAAGUGUAAAUGCUGUAAGCAGACCUUCACUGAGCAGUUAUGAUGUCAACAUACUCCAUCUUUCUUCUAUUAUAUAUUAUUAUAUAUUUUUAUAACUUUUACCAGAUCCAUAAGUUUUUUUUAAAAGAAAGUUUCUUUUAAACUAAUUCGUUUUUGACUUGCUAAGAAUAAAUAUAUUAUUUGUUUAUUACUAUCUGAGUUUUGGUUUGAUAAAAACAUUUUCUUGAGGUUUUCAUUAUAUGACACUUGAUAUGAACUUUUCUUUGAAACAUGGAUACAAGUUGUUUUAGGCACAUUGUUCAGGCCUACAUCAUUACUGUGUUGCUGUUGCAUUAAUAGAACUUCGUUUUGAGGCAGCUGAAGUUGCAGAUGUUGCAGACUUUGUAAAGUUACUUUGAUUUUAACAGUGUUACACAAACUGAGUUGUUUGUUUAAACUGUUUUUGGAGGUCCAAACAUGACCAGCCAAAGUGUUUGUUGUUGAUCUAGUAACUGAAAAUGAUUUGUUAUUACGACUCAGAGAGGACCUAACUUCUGCUGUGAGUGACGUGGAAAUACUGACUUAAAGCUUGGAUGUUUGUCAGGGUUUUGUUAACUUAUAGCAAUGUUGAUAAUAAUAAUAAUAACAAUAAUAAUAAUUUUGGACCUUGUGUUUAAGUUUUUGCCUUAUUGGCUGCUGUUCAGUCAUUUCUAACAUGAACUGUUUAUCUGUUUUCAAUGAAUUGCCAAAAUAUAAAUAAACAAAUACA